CGCGCCAGACUGAGACAAACCUGUGGUGAGUCUGGAGAAGCUCCUUGGAGCGUCCGAAGCAGCGCCAGCGGCUUUCCAGCUUUAACCAGAAUUAUGACUGAAAACACCUCAUUAUUGCCGGAUAUCUCCUGUCCCGCCCCGCUCACAUUCGCUCAUGUGUGUUUUGAUUUGUGACUUUUGUUUGUUGCGGGCUAUAGCAUGCGUUUAAUGUCGCGGGGAUUGCAGAGGUGCUGUCUGGAGUGAGUUUGGCAAUAUGCGCCGCUGGGAUUUGAUCUCCACCCGACAGGCUGAUGGAAUAUAGUCCGGUUUGUCCCAGUUUGCUUGCUUCCUGGUCCAGCCCCGUGAAGAAGAAACUCAUCCUGAUCAGCAUCAUGUUUUUAGUCUGGGUCUGCAUGCUGUACUCCUGCGUGGGUUACUGCUCCACCGUACCCAGCCUGGUGGCGGACACCUACCGGGGCAAGGACACCGGUCCGGGUCAGGCGGUGAGCCGGAGGACAGAGAGCAGCAGGGUGGACCUGGUGUCCAGGCUGCUGGCCAAGCCUCAGCCCUGGGAGGAUGUGGAGAGCGACUACGAGGAGGCGUCCGUCCGAACCGGAGAGAACAGAGACCUGCUGGACACUGACCGGGACGAGUGGGACAAGAAAGCACCGGAUCCCGGCACCAUGUCCUGCUUCUCCAACGGCUCCGGGAGCAAGAAGCUGCCGCAAGCGAUCAUCAUCGGGGUGAAGAAAGGAGGAACGCGGGCUCUGCUGGAGUUCCUGCGGGUCCAUCCGGACAUCAGAGCCGUGGGAGCGGAACCGCACUUCUUCGACCGCAACUAUCAGAACGGACUGGACUGGUACAGGGAUCUGAUGCCGAAGACCCUAGAGGGCCAGAUCACCAUGGAGAAAACCCCCAGCUACUUUGUGACCCGAGAAGCUCCAGCAAGGAUAUCGGCCAUGUCCCGGGACACCAAAGUGAUCGUGGUAGUGAGGGACCCCGUCACCAGAGCUAUCUCAGACUACACACAGACGCUGUCUAAGAAGCCCGAUAUUCCUUCAUUUGAGAGCCUCACCUUCAAAAACAGGACUACGGGUCUCAUCGACACCUCUUGGAGCGCCAUCCAGAUUGGCAUCUAUGCCAAACACCUGGACAACUGGCUGCAGUACUUCCCCAUGGACCAGAUCCUUUUUGUGAGCGGUGAGCGUUUGAUCAGCGACCCAGCUGGUGAGCUGGGCCGGGUCCAGGACUUCUUAGGCCUCAAGAGGAUCAUUACAGACAAACACUUUUACUUCAACCAGACAAAAGGAUUCCCGUGCCUCAAAAAAGCAGAGGGAAGCAGCAAACCCCACUGCUUGGGAAAAACCAAAGGGCGAACCCAUCCGAACAUUGAUCCAGAGGUGGUGCAGAGGCUACGGGACUUCUAUAGGCCCUUCAACAUGAAGUUCUACCAGAUGACGGGACAUAACUUUGGCUGGGAUUGAAGUAGAAGUUGUGAAAGACAUUAUUUGUUAUUUUUAUUUUUUCUUUCUAUGUAAUUCAUUGGCAAAAAAAGUGGAUAUAUUGCUAUAUAUAUGUAAAAUGUACAGAAAUCUAUUUUAUAAUAAUUUAUUUUUAUUUCUUAGCAAUUAACUCACUAAGCUGCCUAACCAGAUUUGUACAUAACUUCUGUUACAAGUUUUAUUUUUAACAUUCCUCAUCUUAGGUUUGAAUGUUUAUUAUUAUGUUGCUGUUGUUCUGGAAACUCAGUGGAAUUAUUGGUGCUGCAUAUUUCAGAGUGUAGGGAGGACCGUAGUAAAAUCUGGGCUGAAUGAUGGAGCAGCACCAUCAUACGGGUACAGAGCUCUUACAGAGAAGUGGAGGACACCAAUCCACGAGCAUCAUCUUCUACCUUCAUCCUCACGUUUAAGCUCAUUUAUACAAUCCACUUUUCAUGCAUUGGCACUUGUCUGAGCAGCAAACAUCACAUCCCAUUCCACUCAAUAACUGCUUGAUCAAUAAGCCUAAUUGAUACUCAUUGUGUCACUCACUCUUAAAGUAUACAGCUGCCCUUUCAUUCUCAGCUCCCGCUGCCUGCUCUAAUGAACCACCCAUCCAUCAAACGUUAAAUCUCAUCUCGGCUACAUCAGACCCCAUGUUAGCAUUAUGCUAAUCGGGUAAAGGUAAUCUUUGGAUCAAUAAAUCCCUAGCUUUCUAACUUCCUUCAUUAGAAACGGAGCUGGUUCAAAGCCAAACUCUUGCCCUACCCAUUCAGUUCAAAGGUCACACAGAGUCUCAAUCAAAUUUGUUUGAGAGAUAUUUGAUUUGGAGGGGAGCAAAGCUGAGUCGAGUUUUGAAGGGAGACUGUGUGCCUUGUUUUUGCUAAAAGAUGGAGAACCUUUUUUUGUGGUGCUGCAGAAGCAGAUCUGCCAUGCAUCUUGCAUAAUGACAGAGAACAACAUCAACUAGGUUUUGCCUGACUGAAACGGCAGUUUUUCCAAACAGAAAAGCCCUCAUCGCUGAUCACGGACAGAAGGGAUCAAAGGAACAGGAAGGGUUUCUAACCUCUGAUGUCAUCAGAAAAUCUCCUGUGCCAUCAUGCGUGGCCUAAAUACUUUAUGCCUUAUCCACCUUUGUCGUCCUCAAAUUUCUCCUCUCAACACCAAAUCUUAAAUCUCGACUUGUUGCCAAAAAAGAUUUUUUGAGUUAAUAUCAAGUUUCUGUUUGUUUUUCCCUGAGUUGGCCCAUAGUUGCUCCUCUUUCUACUUGAAUUCUUGAUAUGCAAGAAGAUAUGUGGUUAUCAGUCUUUGAAGCGAAGUAUCUGCAAAACUAUGCUAUGCAUGUUUCGUGUGUUGGCCAUUAUGUACAUGCAGGCAUAAUGGAAAUGGAUUGUCAACAUCCAGAGAAGAGUCUUAUGUGCUUAAGUGAAGCCCUGACUGAAUGUACACAAGCUAUGCUCACAGAGGUCCUCAGAUCUGUCGUAAAAAGGUUAAAUGACCACUUGGUGACAAGUUUAGCUUGUUCAUCUGUUCUUCAAAGUUAGGGGAUUAUUGUGCCUCUUUAACUGACACAAUUAGCCAGCAUCUUUCAUGCAAAAAAAAGAUUAAUUAGCCCAUGUUUUCUAGUUGAAUCCACCUCAAACUAAUGGUUAGCAGGGAAGAAAACGGUUGUUACAGUAGUUUUAGUUUCCCUUCACUCAAGCUGAGGGAGAAGUUUUAGAUCAGCCUUCUUCACCCUCCUCUCUCUCCUUUUGUGCAAUGUUUAACCAUAAAAAUGGCAAGCAUUUAUCGAUCAAGGUCAGACAUUUUCCUUAAAAUCUAAAGUACUGCUUUCUAAAUUCUGGAGAGUUCUGAAAUGAGAAAUGUAAUCCUUUGCAGUCGUAAGUGAACUCCAUUUCGCUGCUUUGGUUAUGGUUGAGUUUUAUUCAACCUGUUUUGAGAUCUAAAAAUGACGAAAAGGUUCAUUUUAUCUGCAUAUGAUAUGUAUUUAGAGUUAGCUGAUGAAAAAGGAGAAAGUCUAGUAUUUUGCGGUGUGUACAUCAAAGGAAUUAUUUUACGCAAUGCAAGAGCAAAAUGGAACUGAUGUUUCCAGAUGAUUCAAUACAGAACGUUCAUAAAAUUUCUUUGAAGAAAUAAAUAAAAGUAUAUAUUUUACCAGUU